UUCUCUGCAGAGGAGGGGGCACGCUUCCUGCCUGCAGAGCACAGGAGAGCACGCGUCUACAGAGAGAACAAGGCUUCCAUUUGCUGUUAACACAUGGAACUGAGGUGAAACGUGUUCCCCGAUCAGACACAUUUGAUGACGUCUGGGAAACGGGACUGAGGACAUCAAGAUGAAGGCUGUCAUCCUGGCAGCUGCUGGACUGAUGCUUCUGUCACCCACUCUUUGUCAAAGUGGCAUGGAAAAUGAUGCAGACAACUUGGCAGUGCCAACCUUACCUAUUAAAACCUACCAUGGAGCUCCCUCAAAUUCUUUUGAAGAGUUUCCCCUUUCUGCUAUAGAAGGCUGGACAGGAACCACCCCAACUAUUAAAAUUAAGUGCCCUGAAGAAAGUGUUUCAAAGCUCCACGUGAAUAAUGCUACCAUGGGGUACCUGAGCAGCUCCUUAAGUACCAAACUGAUACCUGCCAUCUACAUCCUGGUGUUUGUAGUAGGUGUGCCAGCCAAUGCGGUGACCCUGUGGAUGCUCUUCUUCAGGACCAGGUCCAUCUGUAUGACCAUCUUCUACACCAACCUGGCCAUUGCAGAUUUUCUUUUUUGUGUCACGCUGCCCUUUAAGAUAGCCUACCAUCUCAAUGGGAACAACUGGGUAUUUGGAGAGGUCAUGUGCCGGGCCACCACAGUCAUCUUCUACGGCAACAUGUAUUGCUCCAUUCUGCUCCUUGCCUGCAUCAGCAUCAGCCGCUACCUAGCCAUUGUCCAUCCUUUCACUUACCGGGGACUGCCCAGGCGCACCUAUGCCUUGUUAAUGUGUGGACUGGUGUGGGCAAUAGUUUUCUUAUACAUGCUGCCAUUUCUCAUCCUAAAGCAGGAGUACUAUCUUGUCCACCCAGGUAUCACCACCUGCCAUGAUGUCCAUAACACAUGCAAAUCCUCAGCUCCCUUCCAACUCUAUUACUUCAUCUCCUUGGCAUUCUUUGGAUUCUUAAUUCCAUUUGUGGUCAUUAUCUAUUGCUACACAGCCAUCAUUCGGACGCUUAAUGCGUACGAUCAUAGAUGGCUGUGGUAUGUUAAGACGAGUCUCCUCAUUCUUAUGAUUUUUACCAUUUGCUUUGCUCCAAGCAAUAUUAUUCUUAUUAUUCACCACACUAACUACUACUACAACAACAUCGAUGGCUUAUACUUUAUCUAUCUCAUAGCUUUGUGCCUCGGUAGCUUGAACAGUUGCCUAGAUCCAUUCCUUUAUUUUCUCAUGUCAAAAAUCACAGAUCACUCCACUGUUUACCUUACAAUGGUGAAAUCAUCUUAGAGAACAAGGAAAGCUAUCUGCAAAAACAUACAUUCUUGGGAUAACAUGUGCAUAAGUGCAAGGAGCUCUAUUCUCUAGCUCCAUUUGUGAGCACCUAAGAAAUAGUGGUUCAAAAUAAACCAUUACGAAAGCACUAGUUUUUUUUACACACUUUAUCAGUAUUUUAAGAAGGUCAAUGCAGAUGAAAGAUAUCACCACUUUCUUUAUGGCAACUGACACAUUUGCCAGACUGGUACUUCAAGCUCCUCUCCUUCUCUGAGGCUUAUACUCUUGAUGAUUUAGAGGAGGAGGGUGGGUCAAGGGACAAAGGCACAGCCUAGGGAGAAGCUAAGAUCUCAGUUCUUAGUAUCUGGCAUCAUUUUUGAUUCUUCUGCUUCCUUCAGCUCUCAUGCUGGUGGCUGCCUCAUCAGCUGAUCCUACCUCUCUCAGUCUCUCACUGGGGUCGUUAUCCUAACCCCAGCUUUGCCUUCUAACCAUUCUGUUCACUGCCAGCCUGUCGUCCAUUUCACCAGCCACUGUCAGAUUAAUCUUCCUCAAGUAUCACUUUGGAUACACCAUUCAAAACUCCCAGCUCAAAAACCUCCAUCAACUCUCCACUGCUUUGGAAUAAAUUAUAAAUCUUUAGCUUGGCAUUCAGAGUUGACUUUUUAACUUUACUUCCCAAUAAAUCUUGCCUGUGAUACAGGCGCUAGUGAAGCUUCUUGCUUUGCCCUGAUCUCAAUUUCUCCUCUCUUUGCCCCUGCCUAUAACUGGAAACCUAUUUCUAACAUGUUUGCCUUAACUCUUUCCAUCUCUUCAAGUCCUCAAAGGACCAUUCUUCCCUGAUUCUCAAGCUAGAAAUUCAUUUAUCUCAUCUGAACUUUCAAAGCACUUUCUUGUAUUUUUAUCAUGGCACUUAUAUGCAGUUCAUUUGAAUACAAAUAUUAAUUCCAUAAACACUUAUUAAGUACCACGUAUGAUAGAGAAAGGGCUUGUCCUCUUCCUUCUUAGAGCUUCUUGUAGCAACCUUAGGCCCACGUCUUCCCAGGGUCUGUGGGGCCCAGCUCCACACGUUGUACAUCAUGUGGUGGAAUGAAUGAAAGAGUAAAAUCCCAAAGCAUCUAAACAGCAUGAAAGCCCAUCAAAUUCACACCGAGAAGGCAAGGUAUUCUGUAUGGCAUGGGACAACAUCAUUUUUGGUUGGCCAUGUUAAAAAAAAACAAAAAAGGAAGCUAAGAAUAUACUCAUGAGGUCACUUAGAAGUUUAAAAUAUCACCUCUAUUAUUUUUCUUCCUUACGCCCAGUUUUUAAUAGGGAAACAAUAUUUUGUUAUAAACACCCAGUAUAUUCCUGUAGGUAAAUGACUCCAUUUCCUUUAGUAUAGGGAUUAGAUAAGAGGUGGGGAUUAGUGGCUAAGGGCAUGAAGGAUUGCUGAGAUGAAUUUUCUAGUCUGUAGGAACGUGCAUUGACCACAUACUUUGUAGUAACCAAGAAAACAAUAAAAAAAAAUUUUAAAAGCAUA